AUGUCGGAUUUCGAGAACGGUCUCAUCGCGAUACGUGCGACCGUUCAAUUUAUGUCUCGGAUAGCAGUGAAUUAUAAGAAGGCCGGCAAGGAGAAAUUUACGAUUACGAAGACUAAGCUUCGCAUGGAGCAAUUACGGGAGCACUGGCAAACUUGCUGUAAGCAGCACGUCGAGCUCCUGCAGGUCGCUGACAAAGACGAUCUCCAACAUGAUUACUUCACUGACGACGAAAUUAGCAAAGCUGAAGCGGUGUUCGAGGACUCGCAAGAUUUCUUAGCAGGCCUACUCGACAAACAGGAGCUACGUACUCCAUCUGACGCUGAUCAGAGUUCUAUCAGCGUCCAUCACCCGUCUGGUCACGGGUCAUCAGCCUUCGCGCUACCAAGGAUCACCAUUCCAGUUUUCAAGGGCGAAAUGACCAAGUGGGAGAGCUUCCGAGACACCUUCCAGGCUUUAGUCGGCGCCCACGAAACUCUCUCGGACGCGCAGAAGCUACACUAUUUGAAGUCGUUCAUGGACGGGGAUGCUGCGCUUCUGUUGAAGCACAUCACGACUUCUGACUUGAACUACGCUGGAGCUUGGCAGAUUUUGUUGGAUGAGUAUAACAACGCACGGUCUCUAGUCCAUGCGCAUAUUCACGCGUUCGCGAGUCUCACUGUAAUGAAGACCGAAAACGCUGCCGAAUUAAAGCUGUUGCGCGAUACUGUAACCGCGUCGUUAUCGGCAUUAUCAAAUUUAGGCCGAGAUACCGAUCAAUGGGACGACUUGCUUGUGUACAUCGUCACUCAAAAGUUCAGCUCGCGUACUCGUACCGAAUGGAACUUGCGUUUAGGCGCGUCAACCGAUUACCCUACAUUUAAAACACUUCGCGAAUUUAUUACGGAACGUCUUCGCGGCUUAUCUGAUCUUGUGCCUCUUGUAACUAAUUGCGCUACCGCCGGCUUGUCCGCGCGUUCCGAUAAAUCGAAUAAAAUCAAGGCAACGGUUCAUAACACUACGGACCGUAAGUGUCCUUGCUGUCAGGGGAAUCAUUUCCUGUCAUUUUGUCAGACUUUCCGAAAACGGUCGCUAGACCAACGCGGGCAGCUCGCUAGACAAGCUCGCGUCUGCUUCAAUUGUUUAAGACCCGGGCAUUUUCCGCUAAAUUGUCCAAGUGAGAAGCGCUGUAACUCUUGUCAACGCGCUCACCAUUCAUUACUUCAUCGCGACAACAUCGGCGUAGCAAUCGCCGACGCUACGGAUCGAGAAGGUACGAAAUCGCGACACGAAUCCGCGGCAAAUAAAGCGUGCGAAGCACAAGGCGCAUUUAAUGACGCCUCCACCAACGUAGCGACUAAUUAUACCGUAUCUCUAGGUGCGCGAUCUCAAGCUCCGAUUCCCGUCCUUCUCGCUACCGCUCGGGUCCGACUUCACACGGUUGAAGGACGAACUGUACAGGCCCGCGCUCUCUUCGAUCAAGGCUCGACAUAUAGCUUUAUUUCGGAAGCUCUCGCACAGAGAUUACGUCCGACGCGACGUCGCGCGAAUUUACACAUUACCGGUUUCGGGGAAGAAUACUCUGGCAUCGCGCGAGCACAAACGAGUCUUCUACUCGAAUCGUGUCUCCGUCCUGGAUCACGACUGCCGAUUUCAGUAUACAUUUAUCAAAAGAUCACGGCUUACGCAGCUACUCAAGCGUUUUCCGUCGACGAUUGGCCUCACCUGAAAGGCUUAGAACUCGCGGAUCCCGAUCCGUCAAAUAAAGAAAAUAUUGAAGUAUUAAUCGGAGCCGACCUCUAUGGUUCAUUGCUACUCGGGCCAAUCCAAAGGGGGCCUCCCGGUUCCCCUACGGCGCAGUUAACGUCGUUAGGUUGGAUAGUUUCAGGCCCGGCAAAGUCAUUGGAUUUAGUAUCGCUUCAGGAAGCGACGGUUAUGUCUUGUGUGGCCGCUCCAUCUCUAGACGAGCUCAUUCAAAAAUUUUGGGAAACGGAGGAGAUUCCCUCUAAAAUCAUUUACUCUCCCGAAGAGGAGCUAUGCGAAACGCAUUUUAGUCAAACCCAUUCGCGGAAUGCGGACGGCCGUUAUAUUAUUCGAUUGCCAUUCCGAAAUAAUCAGCCUCCCGUUCUGGGCGAUAGUUAUAAUCUCGCUCAACGGUUGUAUUCCAAAACGGAACGACGAUUACUUCGCAAUAGCGACCUUGCUGCGGAAUACAAUAAAUUUCUCGCUGAAUACGAAGUUUUAGGGCACAUGGAACAGGUUCGCGAUUCCACCUCGCGCCGUCGGCCUGUUUAUCUCCCUCACCAUCCCGUGAUCCGGGAAAGCAGCUCGACAACCAAAGUGCGCGUUGUAUUUAACGCUUCGAGUGUCACGUCCAACGGCUUUACUCUGAAUGAUUGCUUAUUAGUUGGGCCUAAGCUUCAAAACGAUCUCGGCGGAGUUUUGCUGAAUUGGCGUUUCUAUCGUUACGUCUAUCUGGCGGACAUUGAAAAAAUGUUCCGUCAGAUCCUAGUACAUCCCGACGAUGUAGAUUACCAGAGAAUCGUCUGGAGACCGAAUCCGCAAAGUCCGGUCCUAUCGUACCGUCUCCUCACGGUUACAUACGGCACGGCUAGCGCACCGUAUCUCGCGAUCCGUGUUCGACAUCAGCUUGCCGACGAUGAGUCUCGUCGCUUUCCGCAAGCUGCAAAAAUCCUUAAAAAUUCGGCCUACGUGGACGAUCUCUUAUUUGGUGCGAAUGACAUCGCGUCCGCUAUACAAUUGCGCGCUCAGCUUAACGAUUUGAUGCAUUCCGGCGGAUUUCACUUGAGAAAAUGGGCGGCUAACGAUCCACAACUCUUGUCAAUUAUUCCAUCCGGCGAUCACGAGUUAUCAUGCGAUCACGCAUUUGAAGAAAAUACAAGUCUAAAGGUCCUUGGCGUCGCUUGGCGCCCGACCGACGAUGUAUUCUUUUUUCGAACCACAGAAUUCACGGAAUCGCGAACCACGAAGCGGACCGUCCUAUCAUUUAUCGCGCGGCUAUUCGACCCCUUAGGUUGGGCGUCGCCCGUCGUAAUUGUAGCGAAAAUACUGAUGCAGGAUCUGUGGCUUCAAAAAAUCGAUUGGGAUGAGAUUAUUCCCGCGUCACUUCUGCAAAGAUGGCAAGAUUACGUUAGCAGUCUUCCUAAGCUUUCUAAUUGCCGUAUGCCACGUUGGCUUAAUACCUACGAUCCCGAUCACGCGGUGGAGAUUCACGGAUUCGCCGACGCGUCACAGCGUGCCUACGCUGCUGUCGUCUAUUUACGGGUUCGCCACUCGCCUAAUCGAAUUUCGGUUUCGCUGCUCGCUGCCAAAUCAAAAGUGGCGCCCUUAAAAACGAUUGCCAUUCCCCGCCUGGAACUUAUGGCUAUCGUACUCCUAGCACGUUUAAUAAAUCACGUUUUAGGCGUGCUCGAGAAUCCGGAUAUACCGAUUUACGGCUGGACAGAUUCCACCGUCGCACUAGCGUGGGUCAGUCAACACCCCUCAAAAUGGCGAACGUUCGUCGCUACGCGAGUCUCCGAGAUUCAGACGAAAUUACCGACAGCGAAGUGGCAUCACGUGCCGACAAUCAGCAACCCCGCGGAUUGUGCUUCGCGCGGUAUUUCGGUAGAGGAGUUUCGCGUCCACCCGCUGUGGUGGUCAGGCCCGGCCUGGCUAAAAGAUCCUCCCGUCUCUUGGCCAGAGAGAAAAAAAUUGCAGGACAAAUUAUCGGACGAAAUAGAGUCAAACGUGAAUGCCGAAGUUCGCGUCGCUACCGUAGAUAAUUCAAAGUCCGCUCCGGCAGCGGAUAUAUUCAAUAUCCACGAAAAUUUUACGUCGUGGGGAAAAUUGCUUCGCGUCACAGGUCACGUGUUUCGUCUCUUUAGAACGCAUAAAACCAGCAACAAAGCGAGCGAAAUGGCGGCCGGGGUAUUGACGAGCCUUGAUGUCAAGAGAGCGCGGAUCUUCUGGAUCCAACGAUUACAAGCCCUAAGCUUCAAUGCCGAACUCAUCGCGUUGCGUGGGAAUUCUCCGCUAAGCAAAUCGAGUCCUCUGCGUUCGCUAACGCCGUUUCUUGACGAAAACGGCAUUAUUCGGCUUGGCGGGAGACUCCGCCACUCCUUACUCUCAUACGAUGAGAGAUUUCCGGUGAUCCUUCCGCGUCACCGCAUUACCGAAUUAAUUGUCGAUCAAGCUCACUUGCGAUCCUCGCACGGAGGUCCGCAACUUACUCUACGCGUAUUACGUCAAAAUUUCUGGAUUCUUGGUGCGAGAUCUCUUGUCAAAUUCCGAAUAAGAAAAUGUAUGACAUGCAUACGCGAAAGCGCGAGGACCGCAAGUCAGCUCAUGGGCGAUCUACCGUCACCGCGAGUGACGCCAUCGCCCACCUUUUCCCACUGCGGAAUAGAUUAUGCCGGCCCCUUACAAAUCAUACCGUAUGUCGGUCGCGGUCAGACCUCGCGGAAAUAUUACGUCUGCAUUUUCGUAUGUCUCGCAACUCGUGCGAUUCAUUUAGAGUAUGUCUCUGAUUACUCAUCGGAGGGCUUUCUUGCGGCCUUUCGAAGAUUCGUUAGUCGACGUGGACUUCCAUCCGAUGUCUAUAGCGACAAUGGUACGAAUUUUGUAGGGGCCGACCGUGAGUUGCGACUCGCAUUUAUAAAAACAUGUAAAGAUCGCGCCGUCCACGAUCACCUUGUCACUGACGGUGUACAGUGGCACUUUAUACCCGCGGCGUCUCCACAUUUCGGGGGACUCUGGGAGGCGGGAGUAAAGAGUUUUAAAUAUCAUUUAAAGCGCGUUAUCGGAGGUCAUACUCUGUCGCAGUUGGAAUUCGCGACUCUUUUGUGCCAAAUCGAAGCCUGCCUUAACUCCCGUCCUCUCGCCGCAUUGACAAGCGAUCCGGACUCCUUCGAGGCGCUCACACCGGGGCACUUCCUGAUAGGUCGCCCCCUUUUGAGUGCACCGGGAGAGUCUGUCUUAGAAAUUAAUGAGAAUCGUUUGUCAAGAUGGCAAAGGGUGCAGGCCAUGCACGAACAAUUUUGGAAAGCAUGGUCUUCUGAUUACUUGCACACGCUUCAUCAGAGGCAGAAAUGGCGAACGGUAGAACCACCGAUUAAAAUUAACGACCUCGUAAUAAUAAAAAACCCUCUGCUUCCCCCCGCUAAAUGGGACAUGGCCAGAGUCAUCGAGACACACCCUGGCCCAGAUGGUCACACGCGCGUCGUGACCGUUCGCACCGCGUCUUCAACGCUUAAGCGCCCGAUUACUAAAAUCUGCCCACUUAUUAGAACAGACGAGUAA